UCACUUGCUCACUCGCUCUCUCAUAGUCAAGUGCACGUGUCGACUCCAAAUUGCCCAGAGAACAAUUGUGUCCCUAAAAAUAUGGAAGCCUUAAGGCUACCUUUUCUCUUCUUUUUCUCAUGAGACACAUGCUCCUCUUCUCUUCUCGGCCUAACCGCAUGGCUGGGGCCACCACCACUCUGAUACAUAAAGUCUCCGUUCAGUGGUAUCUCAGAUCGAAAGGCAAGUCAAUGUUUGCUUGCUUACCAAUAGUGUUUGUGACCAAUUAGGGACACUUAUCUGCCGGCCAGCCAGCCAGCCAUGACAAGGUGCGGCAGGUGCUGCUUGCACUACUCAAUGAAGAUAGUCAACCUCGUUAUGAAUUUUCUUGGGAUUGCCAUUAUUGUCUACUCCCUCUGGCUCCAAAAGAAGUGGAAUGAUGGUUUUGCUGGACUGCCGUUUCACUCAUCUCUUCCCAAACCAUGGUUUAUCUAUACAUGUUUAGGUGUGGGAAUUGCUGUCUGCUUGAGCACGCUGUUCAGUUAUAUGUAUUUCCAUUCAGUCAUUGACCAAGCUAUUCCUCAACCAAGCUUUCAGUACAUUUUCAGCAUCUGCUCCCUUCUUUUUCUGGAAGUUGCUGUGAUUGUCACAACUUUCUUCAAGUAUGACUGGAGUUCGCUAAUAGCUAAAUACAUUGAUGAGAGCCAUGAAGAUUUCAAGAGUUUUAUUAUCUUCCAUGAGAAGAUGUGUCAGUUGAUUGCUCUCAUGAUUUUAGUGCCACAGCAGGUCAGUGUCAUUGCUUUAGCAAUAAUCCUGUGGACUGUUGGCAUUGAGAGAAUGGCCCAGACCCGGCAUUGGGAAAUACCCGAUUUCACCAGGUCCUUUCUGGUGGGAACCGGGUCUGGUAUACUCGUUAACACCAGACUGAAUUGUAGCAGAUGUGAAGUUUUGCGUACAGGCCACCCAAGACAAAGCUUGUUGGCAUAUGUUGAGAGUGUUUUUAGAAUGCAAUCCCAAAGAACACCUAUUGUUUGUUGAAUUUUUUGUUACCUUAAUGGCAAAAUGUCAAAUUCUUUUUGUACUUUAUUCUGGGUUAAUUGUUAAAAGAAGAAUCAUCUCCUGGCUUUCCCCUUU